GCAAACAGGAAAAUGAAGGGGGAAAUGCAGGCUACCCGAUUAUGAGACUCAGUGAGAACUGAGCUGCUGCUGGUGCAUACGGUAUGGGAACAGUAAACUUCAUUGCCCUGGCAGUCCGCCUGGAUUGAUAACUGUCACCCCUCCUCCAGCAAGCUUUGAAAUUGCACAGAGUCCUGGAAAUACUAAUCCUCUCGGAAGCAGUUGACUGUGGCAGGAUGUGUGGAUGAUGAUGAUGGCAAGAAAGCAAGAUGUUCGCAUUCCCACUUACAAUAUUAAUGUGGUGGGAUUGUCCGGGACGGAGAAGGAGAAGGGGCAGUGUGGCAUUGGGAAGUCUUGCCUCUGCAAUCGGUUUGUGCGGCCUAGUGCAGAUGACUUUCAUUUGGACCACACUUCAGUUCUCAGCACCAGUGACUUUGGAGGAAGGGUUGUCAAUAAUGAUCACUUUCUGUACUGGGGGGAAGUUGUGCGUCCCCUGGAGGAUUGCGUGGACUGUAAAAUUCAUAUUGUGGAACAGACUGAAUUUAUUGAUGACCAGACUUUUCAGCCACAUCGUAGCACGGCCCUGCAGCCCUAUAUCAAAAGGGCGGCUGCAACCAAACUUGCAUCAGCUGAAAAGCUCAUGUACUUUUGCACUGAUCAGCUAGGGCUGGAACAGGACUUUGAACAAAAACAAAUGCCAGAUGGAAAGCUACUGAUUGAUGGCUUUCUUCUCUGCAUCGAUGUUAGUAGAGGUAUGAACAGGAACUUUGAUGAUCAACUUAAGUUUAUUUCAAAUCUUUACAAUCAACUAACAAAAACAAAAAAGCCCAUUGUGGUGGUCCUGACGAAGUGUGAUGAAGGAGUGGAGCGGUACAUUAGAGAUGCACAUACUUUUGCCUUAAGCAAAAAGAACCUCCAGGUUGUGGAGACAUCUGCUAGAUCCAAUGUGAACGUUGACCUGGCUUUCAGCACUUUAGUGCAGCUAAUUGAUAAAAGUAGGGGGAAGACUAAAAUUAUCCCCUACUUUGAAGCUUUGAAACAGCAGAGCCAACAGAUAGCUGCUUCAAAAGAUAAGUAUGAAUGGUUGGUUAGCCGCAUUGUCAAAAACCAUAAUGAAACAUGGUCAAAUGUCAGCCGAAAGAUGCAGUCCUCUCCAGAAUAUCUGGACUAUGUGUAUUUGGAAGGAACACAGAAAGCCAAGAAGCUGUUCCUACAACAUAUCCAUCGCCUCAAGCAGGAGCAUAUAGAGCGCAGAAGAAAGAUGUAUCUUGCUGCUCUUCCUCUAGCAUUUGAUGCUCUUAUUCCUAAUCUGGAUGAAAUAGAUCACCUGAGCUGCAUAAAAGUAGAGAAGUUAUUGGAGACUAAGCCAGAUUUCUUAAAAUGGUUUGUUGUUCUUGAUGAGACCCCUUGGGAUGCUACUAGCCAUAUAGACAACAUGGAAAAUGAAUGCAUUCCUUUUGACCUAAUGGAGACUCUGCCUGCAGAGCAACUUUAUGAAGCUCACUUAGAAAAGCUGAGAAAUGAGAAGAAAAGAGCAGAAAUGAGAAGGGCUUUCAAAGAAAAUCUGGAGACUUCCCCUUUCAUAACACCUGGAAAACCAUGGGAAGAAGCUCGUAGUUUUAUUAUGAAUGAGGAAUUUUACAUAUGGCUGGAGGAAGCUGUCUAUGUGGAUAUCUACUGCAAACAUCAAAAACAGAUUAUAGAAAAGGCAAAGGAGGAGUUUCAGGAACUGCUUCUGGAAUAUUCAGAAUUGUUUUAUGAGCUGGAGCUUGAUGCUAAACCUAGCAAAGAGAAAAUGGGUGUCAUUCAAGAGGUUUUAGGCGAAGAGCAAAGAUUUAAAGCUUUACAAAAGCUGCAAGCUGAGCGAGACGCCCUUAUUUUGAAGCACAUCCAUUUUGUGUAUCACCCAACUAAGGAAACUUGUCCUAGCUGCCCAGUUUGUAUAGACUCUAAAAUCGAGCAGUUGAUCGGUUCCAGGUUUAUAAGACAAUCUGAGCGCAAUCAGAAAAACUUGCUUUCUGAUUCCAAUAUAGAUAGGAUCAAUCUAGUUAUUCUUGGCAAAGAUGGCCUUGCACGUGAACUGGCAAAUGAGAUUCGAGCUCUGUGUACAAAUGAUGACAAGUAUGUGAUAGAUGGUAAAAUGUAUGAACUUUCCUUGAGACCAAUUGAGGGUAAUGUCCGACUUCCUGUUAAUUCUUUUCAGACACCAACAUUUCAGCCACACGGUUGUCUCUGCCUUUAUAAUUCGAAGGAAUCUCUAUCUUAUGUUGUAGAAAGUAUUGAAAAGAGUAGAGAGUCCACCCUUGGCAGAAGGGACAAUCACUUGGUUCAUCUUCCUCUGACACUAAUACUGGUUAACAAGAGAGGGGAUACCAGUGGAGAAACGCUGCAUAGCUUAAUACAACAAGGUCAACAGAUUGCCAGUAAACUACAGUGUGUCUUUCUUGACCCCGCUUCUGCUGGAAUUGGAUAUGGACGUAACAUUAAUGAAAAGCAAAUCAGUCAAGUUUUGAAAGGAUUACUGGACUCGAAGCGUAACUUAAAUCUUGUAAGUUCUACGUCUAGCAUCAAAGAUUUAGCAGAUGUUGACCUUCGAAUUGUUAUGUGUUUGUUGUGUGGAGAUCCUUUUAAUGCAGAUGACAUCCUUCUACCUAUCCUUCAGUCCCAAACCUGCAGACCUUCCCAGUGCGGCAGUAGUAACUCAGUUCUACUUGAACUACCAAUAGGACCACACAAAAGACGGAUAGAACUGUCCAUCCUUUCAUACCAUUCCUCAUUCAGCAUUAGGAAAAGCCGGUUAGUCCAUGGGUACAUUGUGGUUUUUUCAGCAAAACGUAAGGCAUCCUUGGCUAUGUUACGUGCCUUUCUUUGUGAAGUGCAGGAUAUUAUCCCCAUUCAAAUUGUGGCACUCACAGAUGGCUCAAUAGACAUUCUAGACAAUGACUUAAGUCGAGAACAGCUGACUGAGGGACAGGAGAUUGCCCAAGAAAUUGAUGGAAAGUUUACGACAAUACCCUGUAGCCCACCUCAACACAAACUUGAGAUCUUUUACUCAUUCUUUAAAGAUGUGGUGGAGAAAAAAAAUAUAAUUGAAGCCACUCAUAUGUAUGAUAAUGCUGCUGAAGCAUGCAGCACGACGGAAGAAGUGUUUAAUUCACCUCGGGCUGGCUCACCUCAUUGUAAUUCAAACCUUCAGGAUUCAGAAGAAGACACUGAGCCACCAUCGUACAGCCCAUUUAGAGAGGACACAUCCAUGCCCACUUUGCCCAAAGAUCAUUCUAAACUUUCAAUGGAACUGCUGGAGGGGAAUGAUGGUCUGUCUGUCUUUUCUGUUAUGAGCACUUUUGAAAGCAAACUGAACAACAAAGUACCUCCUCCAGUGAAACCAAAGCCCCCUGUACACUUUGACAUUACAAAGGGGGAUCUGUCUUAUUUGGAACAAGGGCAUAGAGACGGACAGAGGAAGUCUAUGUCAUCUAGUAGUUGGCUGCCUACAGAUAGUUUUGACCCUUCUGAUUAUGCAGAACCUAUGGAUGCUGUGGUCAAACCAAGGAAUGAGGAGGAAAAUAUAUACUCUGUGCCUCAUGACAGCACCCAAGGCAAAAUCAUCACCAUUCGUAAUAUUAACAAAACUCAAUCUAAUGGCAGUGGUAAUGGUUCAGACAGUGAAAUGGACACAAGCUCUCUGGAACGUGGUCGAAAAGUGUCUAUUGUUAGUAAACCUGUGUUGUAUCGGACAAGAUGUGCAAGACUUGGGAGAUUUGCCAGUUACAGAACCAGUUUUAGUGUAGGAAGCGAUGAUGAGUUGGGGCCCAUUAGGAAGAAAGAAGAAGACCAGACAUCCCAAGGAUAUAAGGGGGAUAAUGCUGUCAUUCCAUAUGAAAGUGCAGAUGGAGAAGAUCCAAGGAGAAGGAACAUUUUACGAAGCUUGAGAAGGACAACAAAGUGAACCCCUUCAGGUGUCAAGUCUCAUGCCUUUACCUAUCCCAGGGUGGAAUUCUGCAAUUCUUCUACUCUUAGACUGGGUCCUAGGCCACAGUAUCCUGCGUAUCCGGCAUUCUUACCCAGCAGGGCUGACUGAAUUCGGGUAACCUGUGGUUCUUCAUUUUGGGAGUUUGACCAAUGGCAUACAGUGAUUAGACAGCCUUCAUAGAAACAA